UUUCCGAGAACAAAUUGGUUAGGGUUUUUGAAGGGGUUUUGGUUUUUCCCUCUCUCUUCGAUUCGAUCUUGUGACUGUGAAGUUCUCUCUUCCAGUUCCUCUUCGUCUCUCUCUCACACCUAGGGUUUCGGUCCUUCCGGAGGGCUGUACCAGUGAGCUCCAAUGGUGUCGCCGAAGGAGUUAGUGGCGAUUGCACAGUCUUCGCUUCUCGGACCGUCGCCUCCGACACCGACGCAGCGAAUCGAGCUCAUUCACGCUAUUCGCAGCUCCUCUGCCUCUCUUCUUAACUUCCUCUCUUUCACUCCUCCGAAGCCUUCGGACAGAGCGCAGGUACAGUCCCGUGAAGUUCGGCUCCCGGAUUCGUCGCCAAUAUCUUUGGAUGACCAAGACGUUCAGAUUACCUUGAAACUGAGUGAUGAGCUUCACCUAAACGAGAUAGAUUGCGUUCGGUUGCUUGUCGCUGCAAAUCAGCAGUGGGGCUUAAUGGGCCGGGAGCCGCUGGAGAUUCAACGCCUUGCUACUGGACUAUGGUACACAGAGAGAAGAGAUCUUAUAUCAACCCUAUUUACACUCUUAAGGGCAGUUGUGCUGGAUCAGGGCCUUGAACCCGAUCUUAUGGCUGAAAUUCAGGGGCACCUAGAAGAUGUUAUAAAAGCUGGGCUUAGACAACGUUUGAUUACACUUAUAAAGGAACUCAAUCGUGAAGAACCUUCUGGCUUGGGUGGACCAAUGUGCGAGCGAUACCUUGUUGAUUCAAGAGGUUCUCUUGUUGAACGAAGGGCUGUCGUUUAUAGGGAAAGACUGAUCCUCGGACAUUGCAUUGUGUUUUCCAUUUUGGUCGAAAGAGCUGGUUCAAAAGACGUGAAAGAUAUAUAUUCUGUAUUAAAGGAUUGUGCUGCCGAAUUAACUGAAAAAAAUGACACCAUAAACUAUCAGAUUUCAUAUAGUCUUCUAUUUUCUCUCAUCAUAGCUUUCGUAUCAGAUGCAAUCAGCGCAUUAUCCGAUAAGUCAUCUACACUAUCUCAAGAUGCUUCUUUUAGGAAAGAGUUUCAAGAUAUUGUGAUGGCUACUGGCAAUGACCUAAUGGUUGAUGGCUUUGUGGGUGGCAUAAGGCUAGCUUGGGUUGUGCAUUUAAUGUUAAUACAUGAUGGAAUUUCUGGAAUGGAUACGGUUUCUAGUGCUUCAACGACUGAUUUGGGUAAUAUAUGCUCCUGCCUGGAGUCCGUUUUCUCAAAAAAUGUUUUCCAAUUUUUGCUGGAUAAUGUCCUACGAACUGCAGCCUACCAGAAUGAUGAAGAGGACAUGGUUUACAUAUACAAUGCGUAUCUACACAAGUUAACCACUUAUUUUUUGUCUCAUCCAAUCGCCAGAGACAAGGUUAAGGAAGCAAAGGACUUGGCUAUGGGUGUUCUUAAUUCUUACAGAACUCGUGGAUUGCUUGACAGCAAUAUGCAGACUGAACAGGCUGUUGACAGGCCAUUGCCCUUCAUUUCUCUCAUGGAAUUUGUCAGCAAAAUUUAUCAGAAAGAGCCUGAGUUACUCGCUGGAAAUGAUGUCUUGUGGACAUUUGUGAGUUUUGCCGGAGAGGACCAUACUAAUUUUCAAACUCUUGUGGCCUUCUUGGAAAUGCUGAGUACCUUGGCCUCCACUCAGGAAGGCGCUUCUAAGGUUUACGAGUUACUCCAGGGUAGAGCAUUCCGCAGUAUAGGAUGGAGCACUUUGUUUGAUUGCAUUAGAAUUUAUGAUGAGAAGUUCAAGCAGUCUCUUCAAACUACUGGAGCCAUGAUGCCUGAGUUUCAGGAAGGCGAUGCAAGAGCACUUGUUGCGUAUGUGAACGUACUCCAGAAGGUCAUUAAAAAUGGGAGCCCCAUCGAGAGGAAAAAUUGGUUCCCUGACAUUGAACCGUUGUUUAAGCUCCUUGGUUAUGAGAAUGUGCCUCCAUAUCUGAAGGGUUCUUUGAGGAAUACCAUUGCUGCCUUUGUUCAUGUGUUCCCUGAGUUGAGGGACUCUAUUUGGACCUACCUGGAGCAAUAUGAUCUGCCAGUAGUUGUUGGAACCCCGGCUGGAAACGCUGCGCAGCCCAUGGCUGCUCAGGUUUAUGACAUGCAAUUCGAGAUAAAUGAAAUAGAAGCACGGAGAGAACAAUAUCCGUCCACUAUAUCUUUCCUUAAUCUGAUCAAUGCUCUUAUUGCUGGAGAAAAAGAUCUAGCUGAUCGAGGGCGUAGAUUUAUUGGCAUCUUUAGAUUCAUAUAUGAUCAUGUAUUUGCACCAUUCCCUCAGAGGGCAUAUUCAGAUCCUAGCGACAAAUGGCAAUUGGUCGUGGCAAGUCUUCAACAUUUUCACAUGAUUUUAAGCAUGUAUGACAUUCAAGAGGAGGAUCUUGACAGUUUUGUUGAUCAAUCACAGUUUUCAGUUGAAACAUCUUCACUGCAAGCGCAGCUACCUGUCAUAGAAUUACUAAAAGAUUUCAUGAGUGGUAAAACUGUCUAUCGAAACCUUAUUGGUAUCCUUCAGCUUGGUGUCAAUUCCAUCAUCAGUGAACGGAUGAGUAAAACUUAUGGGAAGAUAUUAGAAAAGGCUGUACAGCUUUCUUUGGAAAUCUUACUGCUCAUCUUUGAGAAGGAUAUGUUUGUUUCAGAUUUUUGGCGUCCAUUAUACCAGCCCUUGGAUAUUAUACUCUCGCAAGAUCAUUCCCAAAUUGUUGCGUUGUUGGAGUAUGUCAGAUAUGAUUCUCUGCCACAGAUACAGCAAUCCUCGAUUAAAAUCAUGAGUGUUUUAAGCUCUCGCAUGGCUGGGCUUGUACCGUUGUUGAUAAAAUUUAAUGCUUCUAACCCCUUGGUGGAGGAUUAUGCUGCCUGUCUUGAGUUACGAUUGGAAGAGGGUGAAAUUAUUGAGAACAGUCGUGAUGAUCCUGGAGUUCUUAUUAUGCAGCUUCUUAUUGAUAAUAUUAACCGGCCAGCUCCAAAUGUCACACAUUUGCUUCUUAAGUUUGAUACGGACUCACCUGUGGAAGGGACAGUAUUGCAGCCUAAAUUUCACUACAGUUGUCUGAAGGUCAUUCUUGAAAUGUUGGAGAAGCUUCCAAACCCGGACAUAAAUUUUUUACUCUUUGAGUUUGGUUUUCAGCUCUUUUACGAGUUGAGUUUGGAUCCAUUAACCAGCGGACCAACUAUGGAUCUCCUAAGUAGCAAAAAAUAUCAGUUCUUCAUUCAGCAUCUUGAUACCAUUGGUGUUGCUACACUUCCUAAGAGAAGUGGCAACCAGGCGCUUCGUAUCAGUUCUCUUCAUCAGAGGGCAUGGCUGUUAAAGCUUUUAGCUGUUACGUUGCACGUUGGGUCUGGGAGUAGUUCGGCUCAUCAAGAGGCAUGCCAGAGCAUCCUUGCUCAUCUUUUUGGGGGGGAGGUCGCUGAAAGGGGAAAUGAACUUGUUACUUCCAGUAACUACGCUCUUCAGGAUGGUGUUGAUUAUGCUGGAACUAGUUCCAUCUCUAAAAGUAAGGUCUUAGCAUUGCUCGAAAUUCUUCAAUUUAGGUCUCCUGACACCUCCAUGAGGAUUCCACAAAUUGUGCCAAAUCCAAAGUAUCACAUACUGGUAGAGGAUAUACUUGGGAGCCGUGGUACCUCCGGCAGGGAUGGUAUCCAUUAUUAUUCUGAGCGUGGUGAUCGCUUGAUUGAUCUAGCUUCCUUCAGCAACAAACUUUGGCAGAAAUUCCAUUCUGGAUUUCCCCAAUUGGAUAAUUUUCCCAAUGAAGCUGAGCUUAAUGAUGUUAGAGAGACAGUCCAACAGCUCUUGAGAUGGGGGUGGAAGUAUAACAAAAACCUUGAGGAGCAGGCUGGCCAACUUCAUAUGUUGGCUGGCUGGUCACAGAUUGUUGAGGUGUCUGUUUGCAGAAGACUAUCUUCUCUGGAAAAUCGAUCUGAAAUUUUGUAUCAGAUUCUUGAUGGCUCCCUUAGUGCCUCGGCUUCUCCAGAUUGUUCAUUGAAAAUGGCAUUUGUACUUACUCAGGUUGCACUUACCUGCAUGGCCAAACUUCGCGAUGAAAGAUAUCUAUAUCACGGUGCCUUGAAUUCAGACAGUGUGACAUGUCUAGAUGUUAUGAUGGUUAAACAAUUAUCGACUGGUGCUUGUCACUCAAUUCUGUUUAAACUUAUCAUGGCAAUUCUAAGACAUGAAUCAUCGGAAGCUUUGAGAAGGCGCCAAUACGCAUUACUCUUGAGCUACUUCCAGUACUGUCAGCAUAUGCUUGCUCUAGAUGUGCCAACAUCAGUUCUACAAUUCAUGUUGCUCGAUGAACAAGAUGGUGAAGAUUUGGAUAUCCAGAAGAUUGACAAAGAGCAGGCUGACCUGGCUCAUGCCAACUUUGCUAUCAUAAGGAAAGAGGCUCAAGCCAUCUUGGAUCUGGUGAUCAAGGAUGCAAGUCAAGGCAGUGAACCUGGAAAGACUAUAUCACUCUACGUUCUGGAAGCUCUUGUUUGUAUUGAUCAUGAGAGAUAUUUCCUUAGUCAACUUCAAAGCAGAGGUUUUAUACGAUCGUGCUUUGGCAGCAUCAGUAAUAUCUCCUGCCAGGAUGGCAUGCAUUCACUUUUGUCACUACAACGAGCAUGUACCUUAGAAGCAGAACUUGCGUUACUACUGAGACUUAGCCACAAGUAUGGGAAGUCUGGAGCUCAGGUCCUCUUUUCCAUGGGUGCUCUGGAACAUAUUGCUUCAUGCAAAGCUAUUAGUUUUAAGGGAAAUAUGAGAGCAGCUGAUAUAAAACUUCAGAAGGACAUAGCAUAUGAUGUGCAAAAGCAGCGAACAUUAACCACCGCUGUCUUGAGAUUGGUGUUUUCUCUAACGUCAUUGGUGGAUACUUCUGAGUUCUUUGAGGUGAAGAAUAAAAUUGUUAGGGAAGUCAUGGAGUUUAUCAAGGGACAUCAAUUUCUUUUUGACCAACUUCUUCGGGAAGACAUUUUCCAAGCUGAUGAUUUAUUGAUGGAGCAAAUAAACCUUGCAGUUGGAAUACUGAGCAAGGUUUGGCCUUAUGAAGAGAAUGAUGGACACGGGUUUAUUCAAGGGCUCUUUGGCAUGAUGAUCAUGCUAUUCACCAGCUGGGCUGAUAAAUCUGUCUCUUCACGGACAGGAAAAGGCGUUGAGACGAAGCUGGAGCUCAAGUUAUCUCAGUUGUGCUUUAGCUUGACUUCUUAUUUAUAUUUCCUGGUGACAAAGAAAUCAUUGAGACUGCAGAUUUCAGAUGAAGCUUUUGGCAAUUUUACUGGACUACGGCCACCUACUCUAAUGCUACUCGCAUCUCUUAUUUCUUAUGUGACCGAUUCCCUUGAGAGAGCAGCGGAGAAAAAGUUCUUGCUCCUUCACAAGAUUAGAGACAUAAACGAGCUCUCUAGACAAGAAGUUGAUGAGGUCAUCAAAAUGUGUGAUCGACAAGAAUAUGUUUCAUCAUCCGACAAUAUACAGAAGAGGAGAUACAUUGCAAUGGUGGAAAUGUGCCAAAUUGUGGGUAACAGAGACCAGCUAAUUGCUUUGCUUCUGCAACUAGCCGAACAUGUGAUGAACAUCAUUUUGAUACAUCUUCAAGAUAGGUCUGUUCUUCCAAGUGACGGUGGAUCACAGAAGGCCAUCACUAAUGGUUCAAAAUCUCAUCCGCAGCAAGAAAUGUCGCUUUUGUGUGGCAAACUGACACCUACGUUAGAAAGACUCGCAUUACUGAACGAGGAAAAAGUAGGACACAACCUCAAGGUGUUCCACAGACUGGCGACUACUGUUAAAGAAACGGCGGUCCAGAAAUGUUCAUAACAAGCUCUCGAGCGAACAUAUAGGUUAGAAUCACAACUCGCGAAUUUAUCGUGUUUUCUUGUUGCUCGCAUCAUGUGUGUCCAAUUCCAUGAUAUUUAUUUUACAAGUUGGGUAGGAUCUCUUCCCAGAGUAAAACGAAGUUUUUUUAA